CCACUGGUAUCGCCGUCAUCUUCAUAGCUCCAUUAAUUGCUGAGAAAAAAUAGUCUUUUUCUGAAAAGCCGAAGAAAUCGUUCAGAAAAAUACAUUCAAUUGCCAAAGUUCGUUGUCGCACCGUAAACCCUACCAGUGCCCUGACCUGCGAGCCGAUAGGUGCAACCGACCCGCAAUAAGUCCAAACCAAACAACUGCCCCUGCCCCGAUUUUGUGAAUCACCAACCAACCAGCACAGAAAUGGAACAGGCUCCGAUCACCGACGCGGAGAAGGUGCGCAUCGUCUCCGACUUCAUCCUACACGCGCCACCCGGCGAGUUCAACGAAGUGUUCAAUGAUGUGCGCGAGCUCCUCAAAAACGAUACCUUGCUGAAGGAUGGGGCCAGCCACGCCUUCUCACAGUACAACAAGGACCAGCUGACUCCGGUCCGCAUCGAGGGAAGCGAGCACAAUGCCAUCAUAUCGGAGCAUAACGAUCUUGGCAACGGUCGCUUCUACGAUCCGCGCACAAAGCAGGCCUUUAAAUACGAUCACCUCAGGAAAGAGGCUUCCGACUAUCAAGACGUGGAGGCGGAUGCCAAUGCAGAGCCUUGGCGGGCCGCCCUGGACCUGGAGACGCUCGCGUAUACUGCCAGUCACUAUAGACACGGAGUCAGCUCGGUCUUUGGAAAGUCCCAGGGAAACCAGAUUACACUAACGAUUUGCAUCGAAGAUCACCAGUUUCAGCCAAAGAACUACUGGAACGGACGGUGGCGCUCACAGUGGCACGUUACCUUCCAGGCGGGCACUAGCACCGCCGAACUGAAAGGUGUUCUGAAGGUGCAGGUGCAUUACUAUGAAGACGGCAACGUGCAACUGGUGUCCUCCAAGGAGUGCCGCGAAAGCGUUGUGGUUACCAACGAGCAGCAGGUGGCCAAGGAAGUCAUUCGCCUCAUCGAGGAGGCAGAAAACGAGUACCAACUGGCCAUCUCGGAGAAUUACCAAACGAUGUCCGACACAACGUUCAAGGCUAUGCGCCGCCAACUGCCAAUUACUAGGACCAAGAUCGACUGGAGCAAGAUUGUUUCGUACAGCAUUGGCAAGGAGCUAAAGACGCAAUAAGACCAGGAGGUGCAAGCGGAAGCAGAGGGCACACAGUCGACGAAGCGACCCAACAGUCUUCCACUUGCCACGGCCAAGCGAGCAUAGAUACCAGCCGAACAGCAGCAUUAGCAACCCAACAUCCAAUCCGAAGCAGCGCGGUAAAACGAAUACGAACACAAGCAGGCAGGCGAAUUGGUUCCUGCAAUAAUAAAUGUGUAAUUGCUAUAUACAUACGAUCAUAUACAUACAUAUAUAUAUAUACAGCGUGUAUUUACAAUGUGUUAUACAGAUAACGAUGAAAGUUCAUAUACAUAACAUAACUAUAUAUAUUAACUACGACCGAAAAUUAUUUGGUUGCGCGAAUUUGGAUGAUUGAAGCCUGACGGCGAACGAUGCUCUGUUGCCUCGUUUGAGUCACGAUCGCCACCAAUUGUCGCCUUUAUCGGUUAAGAAGAGCAUUAAACGCGGUUUUUAUCAUGUA